AUGAGGUCUCUGCCGGUUUGCCUCUUCAUCUGCCUGGGGUUAAUUUUGCCUUUAUGUGGAACUGAAAAAGCAAAAGAAAGGAAUGCCAGACAAAAGGAUGCAGAAUUCAUUGACAAGUAUAACACAUGCCUUCAGGGUCCUCCAGGUGUCCAGGGUAGGGAUGGCAACCCCGGGGUCAACGGAAUUCCCGGUACCCCGGGUAUUCCCGGGCGGGACGGCAUGAAAGGGGAGAAGGGAGAGUGUAUCACAGAAAGGUUUGAGGAGCCCUGGAGACCCAACUUCAAACAGUGUGCAUGGAACUCUCUAAACUAUGGCAUUGACUUAGGAAAGAUAGCAGACUGCACGUUUACCAAGCUGCGCUCGGACAGCGCCCUGCGCGUACUCUUCAGCGGUUCUCUGAGACUCAAGUGUAAAAGCGCCUGCUGUCAGCGCUGGUAUUUCACCUUUAACGGGGCCGAGUGCACGGGGCCUUUACCCAUAGAGUCUAUCAUUUACCUUGAUCAAGGCAGCCCGGAGCUCAACUCUACCAUCAACAUGCAUCGCACCUCCUCAGUGGAAGGGCUAUGUGAAGGUAUCCAUGCCGGCCUGGUGGACGUGGGCAUCUGGGUGGGGACCUGCGCUGACUAUCCCCAUGGCGACGCCUCCACUGGAUGGAACUCUGUGUCCAGGGUGAUCAUCGAGGAGUUGCCAAAGUGA